AUGUCACUCUAUCAUUCACCAAUCCAAUCCAUUCAUCCAUUCUUAAAUCAAUCAUCAUCAACAACAACAACAACAAGACUUAGACCGACUUUAAAAAGAUCUCAAUCUCCUUAUACAUCUGAUCAUCAUCAUCAUCAUCAUCAAUCUAAUCAACAAGAUCGAAAGAAAAGAAAAACUUCACCAAGCGGUGCAUUUGCUAAAUUAUCAUUAACAACUCAUCAUACAUCACCAUCAAAUGAAUCUGAUCCAAUCAAAGCUACCGUCACGACUACUUCUUUAUCUGAUCUUCAACCUAACCUUUCACUAGAUACUCAUUCAGAUCAAAGAAUGAGAUCAGUUUAUUCUGCAUAUGAAAUCGGACCGGACCGAAUCUUUGUAGACUCAUUAGGAUCAGAACCAUCAAGUCCGAUCGAAAGUGUUGAUCUACCGACUCCAAAACUUACAAUCACUUGUCAGAUUCCUAUGAUUCCAAAGUUACCUAUUCCUGAUACUUUAGAUAAACAAGAUCAACAAUUAGUGCUCUAUAAAGCUCCGGUUCAUCUUACUUUAAAUCAUCAUCUUUCUACUUCUUCGAACCUUGGUGAACCUAGUCGGAUUUUGGAAUCUGAUGAUCUUCUACAUGAUGUUCCUAUGGAACUUGAUUAA